AUGGCCAAGGGUUUUCUAAUUUUAGCUAGGCUGCUAACUUUAUUGUUUCUAGCUGGUAACACAUUAUGUUUGAUUUUGAUAAUCAUUUCAGGAAGUACCAAUAGUUUUCCAAUAGACAAAUUCUACUGGGUAGAAGGUAAUACUAGUGGUAUUCCUAAUGCACCAGAUAUUACCAGAUGGACCUUUUGGGGGGUAUGUAGUAAAAUUGACGACAGAACAUAUUGUCAAGACUAUUUAUCUCCAGCCUCACCAAUUUCUCCAGUAGAUAACUUCCAUACCAGAGAGAAUGUACCUGAAAGAUUUAUUUCCAAUAGAAAUGCAUAUUAUUAUCUACCCAGAUUUGCGUUCUGUUUCUUUUGGGUUUCAUUGGCAUUUAUUGGUGUUGCAUUUAUAUUAUAUAUCAUAUCGUGGUUCUCUAAUGAGUUUACUAAAGUGCUAUUUAUACUAAUGUCCUUUGGGUUUGUGUUUAAUAUGACAGCAGUAGUUUUAGAGACUGCGGUUGUUGUUUUAGCAAAGAAUGCCUUUCAUUCGGCUGACAGGGAAGCCUCCCUUGGGGCAGCAAUGUUGGGUAUGGGAUGGACUACCGCAUUUUUGUCUAUGGUUGAAUUUGCAAUGUGUGGGGUUGAUUUUGUACUAUCUAUCUCUAGGCAAAGAAAAAAUCAAGAAUAUGAACAUUUUUACCAAGCAAACAACUUAGAGGCACCACAUGUUAACAAUGGAUUUUUUUCCAAGAAGAGAUGGUUUUCAAGUAAAAAGGGUAAUGCAAGACAAGUAUCAACUGGAUUAGUACUUGAUGAUAAGGAUGCAUACAUGCAACCACCAACUGCACCACCACCACCAAUUGCUGAACCAAUGAUGCAACCGUUGCAAGCGGAGCCUACAGUGGCCCCACAGCAACCACAGCAACAACCUAAUAACCAACGUAGAGGUAUAAAUUUUUUCACUAUUCGUAAUAGUAACAAAAUGAAGGAUGAUGAAUCGAUGUAA